AUGAAUACAUUUGAACAAAUACGUAUUAAAUUAGAUACAGCAGCAGAAGAAGAAAAAGAAGAAGUUAAAACUACAACACAAGUAGUUCCACCAAAACCAGAAGGAGAAAAGAAAAAGAAGAAAAAGAAAAAGAAAACAACACCGGCUCAACUAUUGACAGAACCAACAAGAGUUGUAAGAGACGAUGGAAUAGACUACCCAUACAACUAUGGAAAGAUUGUUGAUGUCAAAGGAGUGGAUCUAAAGAAACCGUGGAACGAAGCAACAUUGGACAAGUAUCUAAGUGACGCUGGGUUUGCUCGUGCCUCUGACACGUCCGAAGCCACCAAAACAAAAUUGUUGCCCGUGUAUAUUAAAUUUUGCAACAAGCUUAUGUUUGAAAUGCUCGAUUUGAUACCCAACCCAAACCAAAAGGCUCAGACCUAUGUGGCAAAGGGUAACCUCGACGCCGACUAUUUCUGCUGCUACAAUCCCAUGUGUACCAUACCAUUUGAAAUUACAAACAAGCACAUGGUACCAGCCUAUGUCACAAUGGCGACCAUGCUCGUCGUCGGCGGGUACACAAUGGGUUUACCGGGCUUUGGUCGUGACAGAAUUGCCGAUAUUAUCAAGGAACGUCUCGUCAGACUAAACCGAUCUAUUCCACGUCGUACACCAGACUUGACAGCCAAGAUUAUGCAUACAUACAACCGUUACUUUGGUAUUGUCGAUGAACAACUCCCAAUCGUAUGGGACUUGUCAAAGUUGACAUGGUACCUCGAAAACAAUACCAUCAGAAAGUACAGACCCACCAAAUACAAACUCAAUGUCAAAACCAUGACCACGCUUACUCUGAUCACCGAGAUGGUUGUUUGUGAUAUUAUGGAUCAAAACAGAUCACAGUAUCAUGAAAAAGACCUACUCUUGAUGAGUGACAUACAUAGCCAGAAAACACCGGAAAAGGCACUCGACGUUAUGGGCUCGUUUGCCAUUCGACAUUGGGAUGUUAAAAAGCAAUGGGCACAAGAUAUGCGACAAAACGUACUCCUCAUCACGCUUCUUGCAUUCGAGUUGGGUGUCAAAAACUAUUGUCACCUUCCUCUAAUCACAACUUGUUUGAAACGACAGAUUCUACUCGACUUGGAAUUUGAUAAUUACAACUAUGAUGUUAUCGAUCAUGCUUUUGCCUAUCUCUAUUUAAAUUUAAAACGUCAUGAUGAUAUUUAA